AUGGCUUAUUCAGCUCCGCCCACAGGUAUCCUAAGUAUGGACGACUUCAUGAAGCAGAAUCAGGAUGAGCACCAAGCACAACGUGAAGCGAGAUAUUCUACUGCUAGUCCUCCGAUAAAGAAGGCAACGACAAGUGAAAAUACGACGCCGCUCACCCCAGUUGUGGUUGGUGCCCGGUCAUCUAAGCAUACGAUACUUUUGCAUGAAAAGUAUCAAGCCCUUGGUAUCCCGCAACCGCUGUUCACUUAUGAGGGGAACACCAUCUCAGGCUGGGCUGCCAGCGUUAGCUUUCCUGGUCUUGAAAAUGUCGAGGAACUGCAAGGGCUGAGUGGGGAUAGGAGAUUCAACAGCAAGCAGGAGGCCAAAGAAGCAUUGAGUGAGAAAGCGUUCGCAGUGCUGGAAGAGAUGGAGAGGCAAGGUAGAGUCAAGAAGGCUGAGAAGAACCGGAAGAAGAGUGUAGGAGGGCAGCUAGAGCAGCAGCAGAAUCUUACGGAGAGAGAGCCAGUAGAAAACUAUGUCGGCAAGCUACUUGAAUACCAACGCUCAAUCUCUGGCCCCCAACCAACCUACACCGACUACCAGUCGGGUACCCACUUUGCCUGCCUCCUAACCCUCGAAGGCCAACCCCACCCCUUCGGCACCCUAACCUCUCUCUUCUCCUCCAAAAAAGCAGCGCGUCAAGACGCCGCCCGCCACGCCGUCGAGCACUUCAAAGCCCUCGGCACCUGGCCCCAAGACACCCUCAUCGGCGGCAUCAAGAAAAAGAAGCAGUCGAAACCCGCCUCCCCUCCAUCCCCUUCCUCCUCCUCUUCCAUCCUCUCACCCAUCCAACCUCCUAAUCUAAAUUCUAGUAUUAGUGCUGGUGCUAGUAGCUUCGCCCAACAAGUCGCCAUCCUCGCCGCCUCCCUCACCCUCCCCACCCCCGAAUGGAAAUACACUUCGCACCCCUCGGACCCAAAUUUCCACUCGAUCGCCUGUUUCUUCCGCAGCGCGGGUCCGCACGAGGGUCCGAUUGGCGAGGUACGGAAUGUGUUUGGGAAGAAGAAGGCGAAGGAAGAAUGUGCGCGGUUGACGCUUGAGUACCUUUUGGAUGUGAGGGAGAAGCGGAGGGCGUAUGGGGCGAGGAUGAUGGCGGGGGUGAGGGGUGGAGAGGGGGUUGUUGGGGGGGUUGAGGGAAGGAGGGUGGAGAGUGCGGAUGGGAGUGAGGAUGAGUUUGUGGAUGCCGAGGAGGGGAGUUUGCUUUGA